UGGUAAGGGGUAAACCUUAGAGUUAGGGAUUAUUCCUGAAGAGUCUCCUGUGGCCCUGGCCGGAAAGUGUAAAACCAAGGGGCGGGAUUUGCUGGGAGAAGCCGUUGGCGUCGUCGCUGAGGUGAAGGCUGAGGUGAAGGCCUCACCGCAUGCACACGCGGGCUCUCGGGAGGAAGGCGUUCGGGUGGGUUCUGUGGUCUUCGAGUUCACACUUCUCUGUUCUUUUUAAUUGACUGGUUUGAUUUGGAAGUAUUUCGUGGAACUCGGAAGCCCAUCCACCCCCACCCCAGGAAAAGUGUAAUCGUGGCGGAGUGCCGAGGAGGACCGGGAGCUUCAGGUUGGAAUUGUUGAAAGAAUCCUGAUUCAUUCUCAUGAUGGCUACUGCUCAGCUCUCUCACAACACCAGAACACUGAAGGCAUCUAAGAACACAAUUUUCCCAUCCCAGAUCACAAAUGAGUAUGAGUCACUGGUGAUGGUGAAGAAACUGUUUGCUACUUCCAUCUCAUGUAUAACAUACUUGAGGGGCUUGUUUCCAGAGAGCUCUUACAGAGAUCGCCAUUUGGAUGACCUCAGUUUAAAAAUUCUCCGGGAAGACAAAAAGUGUCCUGGAUCAUUACAUAUUAUUAAAUGGAUUCAAGGCUGCUUUGAUGCUUUGGAAAAGAGAUACCUGCACAUGGCAGUAUUAACACUUUACACAAAUCCCAGGGAACCUGAGAAAGUGACUGAGGUAUACCAAUUCAAAUUCAAAUACACGAAAAAGGGAACCUCUAUGGACUUUGACAGCAGUAGUACAAGCUUUGAAAGUGGGACAAACAGUGAAGAUAUGAAGAAAGCCUGUUCCCUACUAAUCCGCCAAUUGUAUAUACUGAUGCAGAACCUUGGACCCCUUCCUAAUGAUGUUAUACUUACUAUGAAACUUCACUAUUAUAACUCAGUGACCCCACAUGAUUACCAACCCCCUGGUUUUAAAGAAGGAGUGAAUUCACACUCCCUGUUGUUUGAGGGGGAGCCUGUGAGCCUUCGAAUGGGUUCAGUCUCCUCUGGCUUUCACAGCAUGAAAGUAAAAGUCACAACCGAGGCCACCAGAAUGUUUGAUGGGGAGAACAGCGUCGGUCAGGACGAUGACACUACUGAGAUAGCCCAUCAGGGUCUAGACUGUGACGAGGAAGAAGAGGCCUGCGGCAGUCAAGUUCAAAGAAUGAAUUUUGUGCACAUUGAGCCAAGUUUUGAAAGCUCCAAAAAGAAGAGGAAGGUCAGCGAACCAGUGACAGUCUUCAUUCCUAACAGAAAAUGAAACUUAGGUGCCUUUGCUACACCUAUUUUGCAAAAAUGUAUGAAAUGUCAUAACAGGAGAGUCACAAAACCCUUUUUCUAAAGCUUUUGCUCAAUUUUUUACUCAGUUUGUGAAGUGGAUAAGCUAUUGAGCAGGACAUAGGUUCACUUCUCCAGAAGGAAACAAGAUCAUCAGAGCUGCCUUGGGAUGCGAUUGCCUCACAGCUGAGUUAGAGAUGAGACAUGCUUUGUGUUUGCACAAAAACCACAGCAGUUAUUUUGGAAAGAAAUAAGCUGUUGUUCUUAAAGAAAAGGGUUUUUCUUUACAUAAUUAAAUUCUCCAAGUAUCUCUGUAAAAUGUUCUGACUUGUUAUAACCUGUGUGUUGGAAUCCUUCUAUAGCUUUAUUAAAACUUGCACAGAGCAGCAUAGGAUGUGUGUGGAGGUGCUUAGCCAGGUGUGAUUUAUAUGUUGAUUUCAGUCACAAAGUUGAUCAGCAGCGUGCGGGUCCAGAUGUCCUCCCUGAAAAACUUCUCAAACCCUAUUUUGUUGGCCAAUCCCAAAUAGCUGACAUGCAGUUCAGGAGCCUGUUUCCCUUGUAAGACCUAUGUUGAGUAUUUUCUCAAAAAUAUUUGAAUUUAUCAGUCUGUAACUUCCAGGUGAUGCUAUUUGUCCCCUCCAUAGUCUGGAAGAAUUUUGAUAGGCUUAAUGAUUAAUGUGAUAUGAAUAAUAAAUGACUUAAAGAAUUGUUUUAUGAUUUAUA